AUGGCAACAGGCACCAGUGCCUGUAUCCACCUCCGGAACAUCAAAAAAGGGUGUCUCUUUGUUGGGAAUAAUGCCUCCAAUCCGCACCGCAGACUCGCCCAGUCGAAGUUCCCACAAUCCUCACGAAACAUACACACAAUCUGGUCAACUACCACACCAUUUCGAUCCACUCGAAAGCUACACCGACUAGGACCUAUCAUUGCGGGCAAUCGGUCUGCACUCAAGGGGCCAACAACUGGUGCUCACUAUUCCACAUACCGUUCGCCGUUGCUUGAGUCGGCUGUCAACAAAAACCGUUCCAACAGAAGCCCGACAGAUGACCGGCCGAGCCAGCCGCAACAAGAUAUCCCCGCUCAGGUCACCACUAUACAUUUACCCAUCCAACGUAAUGUAUUGUCUACUAUCAAAAAUGCAAGAAAGGCGCUUGAGUAUGCCAAUCGAGACAUGCUUUGGGCGGACGGCUCUAGGAAGAAGGAUAAGUUGCAACCACAGGUUUCUCGCCGUGGUCCCAAGUAUGCCGACACCUACGAUAGUCCAGACUUGCAAGAUUUCGAAAGAGAAAAACUUGAAUUGCCCAUGAGACCUUUCACGAACCAAAUAUUGGAUGCCAUUAACAGCAAUACAUACAGCAUUAUUGAUAAAAGGUUUGACUCUGGGAAGACCAGACAGGUUGCUCAAAUUAUCUUGGAAGAUGCAAUGAAUAAUCCUACCGCGGUACCUUGUAGGGUUCUCUGUGUUCGGCAAAAUGAAUUAGAGGAAGUCGAGAUGGCAUAUGAAGUGGCCCGCGGAAAAUCCGGGGAACUGGGCGAUAUUACCUUUCACAGGGUGUCACCCGAUCACAUCGCUCGUCUUCCUCGGGGAACUAUCAAGUAUUGCUCUAGGCAGAGUUUGCUGAGAAUAUUGAAAGAUGGACCCUCGAGCUUGGAGCGAUUCUCCCACAUCAUACUUGAUGAGGCUCAGUUACAUGGUCUCAAUAUCAAUGUGGGUAUGAUGCUUUUGAAACGAUUUGUUGAACAGCGCAAGUCUAUUGGUGCAUCUGUACCAAAGGUCAUUCUGAUGGGCUCAUUUGCUCAUGUCGAUGGUCUUUGUUCCUAUUUUGGUACCAAAACUACAGAUGGCACACUUUUGCCCGCUCCUCAUGUGACUAUUCCGGGGGGCUUCCCUGUGGAGAAGUAUUAUCUCGAAGAAGUAAUGGGCAACAUCACCCAUUCUUUGACACCGGAGAUCAUAGAGUGUCUCCUUCAUAAAGACAAGGCUACUCAAAUGUUCCUGGGCAGCCAUUUCGAAUUGUGUGAAAAAUUGAAACCCGUAAAACUCAACAGGAUUGGAAAAGAGCUCGUACCUUCCGGGUUGGUUUCUGCGACUCUUCUCUCGCUCUUGUCUACGACAAAAACAGGCUCCAUCAUUGCCUUCGUCCCAAGGUAUUGUGACGCAGGGAGAGUCAUGAAGCAGAUCACAGUCUUUGGCCCAAAGCUAGGGUUCGAUUUUACAGAUAAGGAUCGGUUUAGAAUAGUUCACUUCCAUUCAAGCAUGACGGAAGAAGAAAAAGCCGAAAUUCAGCUUGGAAUUCCUCCCGGUUGCCGAAGAAUCAUCAUUUCAAGAGAAAGGAGUGAUUUCGCAAUGCCAGACGUGAGGUACGUCGUUGACUCUGGCAAGUCAAUGGAUAACAGUUUGACGAGGAAGGGAUGGGGUAUCAACUGGAUCAGUGAAACUGUGGCCUCGGAGCGGGCAGAGUUUACGGACGGAGUCCAGCCUAGAGAGUACUACUUUCUUGGUGCUAAAAAGUGUUUUGAUUUCCUUCCAGCUACUACACCUACAAAGACUGCGACUUCUCGCUCAGAUCUCCAACAAGUCUGUUUACGUCUUAGGCAAGCGACCUCUGGAACGUCCUUUACGAUCGCAGAACUUUUCGCGCAAACCUUUAAGCCGCCUCGAAAAUCCAGGGUUUGUGCUGUAGUGAAUGAUCUGAAGGAAUUGCAACUAUUGGACGAACAAGAAGAACUCACCAGUCUUGGUCACAUUCUCGUCGAUUUGAACAUGGAUCCAUGUUUGGGCAAAAUGAUUGUUCUAGGCAUUAUUUUCCAAUGUCUGGACCCAAUGCUGAUCCUUGCAAGUCUCGGCUGGAACCCCAAGCUUUUUUCAGAAAUGCUUUCUUCCUCAGAUCUAAAUCCAAGUCCAGGCGUGGGUGAAUCUUUCGUUCGUUCUGUCAACGAGUCGGGCUAUCAUAUAGCCAUCACCAAUACCUUUGGGGCCAUUCGACAAAUGUUGCAUAAGAAGGGUGAACUUCCGGCUUUUGAGGAUGAAGUCUCCAAAGACUGUCUGUCCAAGGUCUAUCAUACAGCGACCCCGGAAAUUGAGCGAAUUAUCAAAAGAUUGAUCGCAGCCGAAAUCAUCCCUGCAAAACUGUCGUUCGGUAAUGGGGCCUCUUUUAGUUGCAAAAGCCUGAAUACCAAUUCCAAAAAUGAGGCUCUUAUCAAGACACUCUUGCUGCAAUGCCUUUCCUCCAAUCUGGCCGUGAAACCAUUUGGCUAUACAGCCAUCAAAUUCAAAUCCGGAGAGAUUGCCGAAAGGGAUCCCGAUUAUUCCAUAUCGAAAAAUUAUAUCAUGGCCUACAACUUCGGAUCGGUCCGCGCAAGCAAGCCUCAUGGUAUGAUACAAAAGACCCAGGUCAGCCCACUGGCCGCCUGUCUCUUGGGAAGCAAGAUAGAACAGGAGGAAGACAGCGUUAUCUUGGAUUCAUGGGUGAAGAUCAAACCACAAAGUGUGGAAAGCAGCGGAAACGAACUUGCCAAGGACUUAGUUCAAACACACAAAGUCUUCGAUGAGGCCCUUCGCACUGCCUUUAAGAUACUUCCUUACCAGGGAGUGGCAAGCUUCGACUCUUUGGCGGAAUGGGUUUCAUAUCUUCGUGCUCGCAAUUGUUUCUUGAAAACCAUUCAGAAAACACUGCAGGAUAUUCUCCGUGCGCACGAUCCGCUGGCCCAGAGCACUAGGAAUGGCGUAUGA